ACGCAAGGGCGUGCGCUCGGUAGUUCCCAGAGGAACAUGGCGGCUGCUCCUUUGGAGGAGAGGUUUUGAGAGGUGCGGAGAAAGGAGGCCCACAGGAGGGACACACCCGGCAGUGAACCGGAGCUCUUCGCUCGUCAGUCAUUGAGAGCUCCGCUCCGCCCCAGAAGUGACCUAGAACAUCACCAUGGCUACAGAAAUUGGUUCUCCUCCUCGUUUUUUUCAUAUGCCAAGGUUCCAACACCAGGCACCUCGACAACUGUUUUAUAAGCGACCUGAUUUUGCACAGCAGCAAGCCAUGCAACAACUUACCUUUGAUGGAAAACGAAUGAGAAAAGCAGUAAACCGAAAAACUAUAGACUAUAAUCCGUCUGUAAUUAAGUAUUUGGAGAAUAGAAUAUGGCAAAGAGACCAGAGAGAUAUGCGGGCAAUUCAGCCUGAUGCAGGUUAUUAUAAUGAUCUGGUCCCACCUAUAGGGAUGUUGAAUAAUCCUAUGAAUGCAGUAACAACAAAAUUUGUUCGAACAUCAACAAAUAAAGUAAAGUGUCCAGUAUUUGUUGUUAGGUGGACUCCAGAAGGAAGACGAUUGGUCACUGGAGCUUCUAGUGGAGAGUUCACCUUGUGGAAUGGACUCACUUUCAAUUUUGAAACAAUAUUACAGGCUCACGAUAGCCCAGUGAGGGCCAUGACUUGGUCACAUAAUGACAUGUGGAUGUUGACAGCAGACCAUGGAGGAUACGUGAAAUAUUGGCAGUCGAACAUGAACAACGUCAAGAUGUUCCAGGCACAUAAGGAGGCGAUUAGAGAGGCCAGUUUCUCACCCACGGAUAAUAAAUUUGCUACAUGCUCUGAUGACGGCACUGUUAGAAUCUGGGACUUUCUUCGUUGCCAUGAGGAAAGAAUUCUCCGAGGGCAUGGUGCUGAUGUGAAAUGUGUAGACUGGCAUCCAACAAAAGGGUUAGUUGUUUCAGGAAGUAAAGAUAGUCAACAACCAAUCAAGUUCUGGGAUCCCAAGACUGGCCAGAGUCUUGCAACACUUCAUGCCCAUAAAAACACAGUGAUGGAAGUAAAGUUAAACCUCAAUGGCAAUUGGCUACUCACAGCAUCACGUGACCAUCUCUGUAAACUGUUUGAUAUCCGAAACCUGAAAGAAGAGCUUCAAGUUUUCCGAGGUCAUAAGAAAGAAGCCACAGCUGUGGCCUGGCAUCCUGUUCAUGAGGGGCUUUUUGCUAGUGGAGGGUCUGAUGGCUCUUUGUUAUUCUGGCAUGUUGGGGUAGAGAAGGAAGUGGGUGGGAUGGAGAUGGCCCACGAAGGAAUGAUCUGGAGUUUGGCUUGGCAUCCUCUUGGACAUAUUCUCUGUUCAGGUUCAAAUGACCAUACUAGUAAAUUCUGGACCCGAAAUCGACCAGGUGAUAAAAUGCGAGAUAGAUAUAAUCUAAACCUAUUACCAGGAAUGUCUGAAGAUGGAGUAGAAUAUGAUGACCUGGAACCUAAUAGCCUGGCAGUAAUUCCAGGGAUGGGAAUACCAGAACAACUUAAAUUAGCUAUGGAACAAGAGCAGAUGGGGAAAGAUGAAUCAAAUGAAAUUGAAAUGACAAUUCCAGGUUUGGAUUGGGGAAUGGAGGAGGUGAUGCAAAAAGAUCAGAAAAAAGUACCUCAGAAGAAAGUUCCUUAUGCAAAACCUAUUCCUGCUCAGUUCCAGCAGGCUUGGAUGCAAAAUAAAGUUCCGAUUCCUGCCCCAAACGAGGUACUGAAUGACAGAAAAGAGGAUAUUAAAUUGGAAGAGAAGAAAAAAACACAAGCAGAAAUUGAGCAAGAAAUGGCUACAUUACAGUACACUAACCCACAGCUUUUGGAGCAACUUAAAAUUGAAAGACUUGCACAGAAACAGGCUGAGCAAAUUCAGCCUCCUCCAUCUGGUACCCCUCUCCUUGGACCCCAGGCCUUUCCAGGACAAGGUCCAAUGUCUCAGAUUCCUCAAGGUUUUCAACAGCCCCAUUCAUCUCAGCAGAUGUCAAUGAACAUGGCGCAAAUGGGGCCUCCAGGUCCACAGGGACAAUUUAGACCCCCUGGACCUCAGGGACAAAUGGGACCACAAGGUCCUCCAUUGCAUCAGGGAGGUGGAGGGCCACAAGGAUUCAUGGGACCACAAGGGCCCCCAGGCCCACCCCAAGGGUUGCCAAGGCCUCAGGACAUGCAUGGGCCCCAAGGAAUGCAAAGGCAUCCUGGACCUCAUGGCCCUUUGGGACUUCAGGGACCACCUGGACCACAGGGUAAUUCUGGUCCUCAAGGUCAUAUGGGUCCUCAGGGUCUACCUGGCCCACAAGGUCACAUAGGCCCCCAAGGCCCACCUGGUCCCCAGGGUCACAUGGGCCCUCAGGGGCCUCCUGGUACUCAAGGUAUGCAAGGGCCACCUGGUCCCAGAGGAAUGCAAGGACCUCCUCAUCCUCAUGGGAUACAAGGUGGGCCAGGGUCUCAGGGGAUCCAAGGUCCUGUGUCUCAGGGACCUCUGAUGGGAUUGAAUCCAAGAGGAAUGCAGGGCCCUCCAGGCCCUCGAGAGAAUCAGGGUCCUACUCCCCAAGGCAUGAUGAUGGGCCACCCGCCUCAAGAAAUGAGACCUCACCCUCCAAGUGGACUACUGGGACACGGCCCUCAGGAAAUGAGAGGUCCUCAGGAGAUGCGAGGCAUGCAGGGGCCUUCUCCUCAAGGAUCAAUGCUGGGCCCUCCCCAAGAAUUGCGAGGGCCUCCAGGCUCACAAGGUCAGCAGGGGCCGCCCCAGGGCUCUUUGGGACCUCCACCUCAGGGUGGCAUGCAAGGGCCCCCUGGACCUCAGGGACAGCAGAACCAAGCAAGAGGGCCACAUCCAUCUCAAGGGCAAAUACCAUUCCAGCAACAGAAAACAGCUCUACUAGGUGAUGGGCCGAGGGCCCCCUUCAAUCAGGAAGGACAGAACACAGGCCCCCCACCCCUGAUACCAGGCCUAGGGCAGCAGGGAGCACAAGGUCGCAUCCCCCCUCUUAACCCUGGACAAGGACCUGGCCCUAACAAAGGUGACUCACGGGGCCCUCCAAACCAUCACAUGGGCCCACUGUCAGAGAGGCGGCAUGAGCAGAGCAGUGGCCCUGAACAUGGUCCAGACAGGGGACCUUUCCGGGGCGGCCAGGACUGCAGGGGUCCCCCUGAUAGGCGUGGCCCUCACCCUGACUUCCCUGAUGACUUCAACAGACCAGAUGACUUCCAUCCUGACAAGCGCUUUGGCCACCGAUUACGUGAAUUUGAGGGGCGAGGAGGACCUUUACCACAAGAAGAGAAGUGGAGGCGAGGGGGCCCCGGGCCUCCGUUUCCUCCUGAUCACAGGGAAUUCAGCGAGGGGGAUGGCCGGGGCUCAGCCCGGGGCCCUCCGGGUACAUGGGAAGGCCGCAGACCUGGAGAUGAGCGAUUUCCCCGGGAUCCUGAGGACCCACGUUUUCGAGGGCGCAGAGAAGAAAGCUUCAGAAGAGGAGCCCCCCCAAGACAUGAAGGCCGAGCUCCCCCAAGAAGCAGGGAUGGUUUUCCGGGUCCUGAAGACUUUGGUCCAGAGGAGAGUUUUGAUGCUUCUGAUGAAGCUGCCCGCGGAAGAGAUCUCCGAGGACGAGGCAGAGGUGCCCCACGAGGAGGAAGGAAGGGUUUACUUCCCACUCCUGAUGAGUUCCCCCGUUUUGAAGGAGGACGGAAACCAGACUCCUGGGAUGGAAACAGAGAGCCAGGACCAGGUCAUGAACAUUUUCGUGAUGCUCCCCGCCCGGAUCAUCCCCCUCAUGAUGGUCAUUCCCCAGCUGGCAGAGAACGAUCGUCUUCCCUCCAAGGCAUGGACAUGGCAUCCCUGCCACCCCGAAAGCGCCCCUGGCAUGAUGGACCAGGGACCUCUGAACACAGAGAAAUGGAAGUCCCAGGGGGUCCUUCUGAGGAUCGAGGAGGCAAAGGCCGAGGGGGCCCAGGACCUUCCCAAAGAGUGCCAAAGUCUGGGCGUUCCAGCUCCUUGGAUGGAGAUCACCAUGAUGGAUACCACAGAGAUGAACCUUUUGGGGGCCCUCCAGGCAGUGGUACCCCUUCUAGAGGGGUCCGGAGUGGCAAUAACUGGGGUAGAGGGAGUAACAUGAACUCUGGCCCACCAAGGCGAGGAGCUUCAAGGGGUGGUGGAAGGGGUCGGUAGAAGGUGGGAAUGAGUACUCCUUGGCAUCUCUGGACAGUAUUUAAUAACUUCUUGUGGACUUAACAAGAGAAACAAAAGGAAACCUGCACCUUGUAGCCCUGAACUCUUAUUCUGGGGCAGCUGAAUUCCAGGAGCCCCUAAUGAGGUCUUCAAGAUGAAGAGACUGCUGCUGGUCACCCAGAGUAGCUGGCCUUUUGUCCUGUACACCCUCACUGCCCCAGCUCCUACAUUGUUUUGUGAAGAUAGAAGCUGGAGUUUUUUUUUUGUUGUUGUUGUUUUUUUUAUCAGGAGACAAGAAGCACCUCCUCCACAAAUUUAAGUUGAUGUCCAAUUGGAAAUUUGUUUCUAUAUGUACAGUUUGUCAGAAAAAACAUUGUUUUUGUAUGAAUACAGAAUGUGAUUUAUGCAAGAAUUAACAGAAAACAACUAGUUGUGAAGUGCUUGCCUUAAGGAAAUUCUUAGUUUCUAUUGCAUCCAGUCUGUUGAAGGGUAUACAAUUAGUGCUUAUGCUUGUAAGCAAACUUGAUGAAAUCUCUUAAGUCAGGGGUGUCCAACUUUUUGGCUUCUCUGUGCCACACUGGAAGAAGAGUUGUCUUGGGCCACACAUUAAAUACACUGCAACAUGUAAUCACAAAAAGAUCUCAAUGUUUUAAGUAAAUUUACGACUUUUGUGUUGGGCUGCAUUCACAGCCAACCUGGGCCACAUGCAGCUCAGGCUGCUGGUUGGACACCCCUGCCUAAGUCAUCUAAAUUAAUUACAUCUGUGAACUUUUUGCUCUGGCAGAUGGAGAAGUACACUCCAAGAAAAAAUUAUUCUGGUUAUCCAAGUAGGGGUUCUCCCAUAGGUACAUCUGGUAAUCACCUUAGACUUGAAUUGCCUUUGUUCUGACUAGAGGAAUUUGAUGCAAGCCAGAUAUUAAUAUGUAUCCUUUUGACUACUGUAAGUCAAUUUUCACAAACUUUAAAUUGAAGACUGGAACAAAAUGUUUGAAACAAUUUUGCAAAACUUCAGUAAUUUCUUUCUUCCUCUAAUAUUAGCUCUGUGAAAAUACCCACCUUUAAAGCAGAAGAUAGGCCUAACCUAAAGUAAACCAGGAAGUUCUUGUCUACACAUAUUACUUUAGUUUUAAAUACAACAUUUGGCUCAGUUUGGAUUGGGUGCCAAAAGUUCAGUUUGAGGUAACUCCAUAAAACUCUCUAUACUGAUCCUUACCUUUUUUUUUAAUAGGGAGAAAGCUUUUAUUAUUCAAAGGAAGUCCAUAGUGUCCCUAACACUGCCAGUUUCAGUUUCACAUUAGAGACAAGUCUGCUUGGCACACUUAGCACUGGAAGUCUCAGUAGUUGCUUAGAAAAAAAAUCCCUUUUCUAAGGGAUAGUUGGACUUUAUGUAAAAAACCUAACUGGCUCUCUAUUAAUGUAAAAAAAUGGUAAAAGCUAAGUUAUUUCUGCAGAGAGAAAAGCAAUAAUCAUGUUGCUUUUUGGGUGUUAGAACCUAUAAACUACAAAUGAAUAAUUUUCACUUUAUUUUGAAAUUAAAGACAUCUUAAUUAUUAGCACUUCUGUAAACAUGAUUAGGAAGCUCAACAUUGCUUUAGGUGUGUGGAUGUUGUUUAUUAGCCCUCAACUGAUAGAUCUUAAAAAGAAGAUGUCAUUAAUUCUGAAGCUGAGAAGGGAUUCAGAGACCAAACCCUGAUCAAAAUUAGGCUCCUUUAUGAGAUUUAUUUGGUAAGAAACUUUAUCAUCUUAACAUUUUAGGAUUUGACUUUAAAACAUAGUACCUCAGUAAGCAGAUAACUAUCACAUUUUGAAUAUGAAUUCAUUUAGAAAAAAGUGAAACCUCUACAUUAUAUAUUUAUGAAAUACUUAAGAGAUACACAUUUUAAAACAUCACUGUCAAAAUAUGUUGUGCUUUGGAUUUUAUAAAAGCUAGAUUUUCAGUGUUGAAUUCUUGAGAAAAUGUUGGGAAUACAAUUUUUAGAAGUAACAUCAACAUAAAAAUGUGCUAAAAUGAUAAAAUCUUCAGUUCUGCAAGUUCUAAAGAAAUUUAGAAUUAAGAGAUUUAACUAGGGGGUAGAAAGAGCAGCCAAUUGCACAAGACUUUUCAGUUAAAUAAAUCACUCCCUGAAAACAGCAUUUGCUUUUACAAACACCCUCUUGGUUUUUCCUUUUGAGGGCAGUAACCAUAUUUACUGGUCCAGGAAGAAGGCAGUAUUUUUAAAGAACACUAUGGGAGGUGGGUGCAUGAAGUAGCCUGUAAGCCUCCCGUGGAUGUUGGUCACUGUAGUACCCAUCAGGACCUAAUACAUUUUGAGGCUGAAUGAAGAGGCAGUGUUCUACUGCUGCCUGACAUACUAUUUAAGCAAUACUGGACUCCAGCUCCAGAGAACAAUUUUCAAAUUGUGCAGUCCAAUUCUGUCCAAUUACAGAAAAGUGGUUCUCAAACUUAGCUGAAAAUGGGUGAUUGAAUAGAUCUGAGGUUUGGCUCUUCAAGUAAUUUUGAUGUGAACUGAGAACAAAUAAAACAAUUUUAAAAUUCUAAA